AUGCCAGCAUCAAGUAGCAAUGAAGAUAGAGUCUGGUUAUUCGCCAUCGGCCACUACGAUAACAUUGUGGAAUAUUUGGAUCAAAGAACGAACACCAUCAAGGGAUUCGGACCAGACAUAAUAGACGGAGUUUGUGCGAUAGCAAAUAAAAAUUGUGAACUGGUUUAUGAUAUCUACGAGAAUUGUUGGGAUAGCCAAGCUGGUGAGCGCCCCCGGGGAGGCAAGGGACUCAUGGGUGGAUGGUACGACGGAUGUACAGGAUGGUUCCAAACCUUGAAUCGUCGCCUGACGUUUUACUUCACAAAUCCAUAUAAGAAAGCGAAUACAGUCGCCCUCUACGCCAAAAAUGACAGCACAGUGACGUAUAAUGAUUUGACCAAUCGGAAAGUAGGAUUUAUAGAUGGCUGGAAUUCGGAUGAGUUUUGCCUCGCUCGCUAUACAAACAUCGCGGGUUCUACGCUUGGCCCAAACCAGAUAUUUCAUUACCAAUCAGCCGAACGAUUGAUCGACGCCAUCUUGAACGGAGAUAUUGACGUUGCGUUCUGCUCAGCCCUUGCUCAGUUCGAAACCACGUUAAAACGCAUAUCACCUACUGGUUUUAUCAACAACUGUUUAGUCGGUGAUGCCUCGAUCAUGACCCGUCAAACAAACCGCAAACUGGUGGAUUGGUGGAAUGACGCAUUCAAGCGGCUGGUCGAUAGAGGGGGCUACAAGAAAAUCUGUGAAUCUCUUCACGACAAUCACGGUCAUAUCCCCGGUCAAAACUACACAGAGAUAUGUUUGGGGUACUAACACGCUGGACGGCGAUUGGUCUACUCCGUCUCACGUGAUCCGGGCUCUUUCGGAAAUAAUCAUCGAUAUUCAUGUAUUCAAGCAACUUUGAGGAUGAUCGACAUAUAUUGAUGAAUCAUCAUUUGGUACAGAACGAGAAAGAGAGAGGGAGAAAGAGAGCGAGUGAAAGCUAUAGGGUGUUGGGGAAAGAACGUCAUCAUGAAGAAAUAUAUGUCAAAAUAUUUAAAAAAAAACAUCAUCAUGGAGUCCUCAAGACUAAGACUAACCCACAAACCCUAAGAGCUAGAACCGUCUACAGUCAUUUAUGUCGUGAAUGGGGUAGAUAACACUGGUUUUCCACCCACCCACACACACAAACACCGAACACCCAACCGUACACACAUUACAUCCAUUCACAAUUAUGAUAAAUGACACUGGUCCCAUACACAAAAUUAAUAAGGGAUGUUACGCAUACCCACAUCCACACUGCUGGACACACACAUUGACGCCCAAACCCAGAGCGGGGGAGGGGGGACUUCCAUUGACAAGUGGAUACCAACUGGGCCCCGUUGUACAAAGAGUUACGAUUGAUCCGAUCAAUCGUAACUAUGGCAAGCCAGCAAAGUCAACAUACGAAACGCAUGUUUGUUCAAAAAAAUUCUAGAUAUGAAUGCAUAUCCAUAAAUUCAUUGCUUUCUUGACAAUUUGGGGUGGUCUCCUUUGAUUACAAAGGACAUUUUGCAAAUUUCCUGUAGAAAAAAAUAUGACACUGAUGGAUUUUCAUAGAGUUACGAUUGAUCGGAUCAAUCGU